AAUAAUGAUAAUGAGAAUAUUCUUAUUGAAAGGAAUAGAAAAUCAAAGGUAAAUAUAGGCAAACCAUUGAAUAUAUCGAAGGUAAGUGUAAUUGGGUAUUUGUAGUUUGUGUUUUAUCAAAUAGGGGUGGGGGGUCUUUGCGCGCGAGCGCUUAAUCGAUAGAUCACAAAACUCCUUUCUGAUAAUGAUCAUAUGCACACUAGUGACUGAUUUCAAGAUAUAUUUCCUGGAGUUCUAGUGAGAAGCAGUGAUUAGUGGAGUUCAACCAAGUCUGUUGGGAGAUAUUAACUCACUGAAGAAAUUGCUGAAUGGUAGCUCAAUUUCAUGAAUUGGUUGAAGUUAGACAUUAUCACUGUUGGAUGCUGGCCGUCUCAGUGGUCUGGUGGUUAAUCGCUUACGCGCGAAACUCAUUGAUUCUAUGUUCGAAUCACUGGAGGCCGGAUCGUGAAUGCGUACUGCUGGGGAGUCCCAUAAUAACUCCUAUACCAUUAAUAUCAUAUCAACAUAAUAUUAUACCUAAUAAUAUAGAUAUAUAUCCAAAUAAAUUAGAUAAUAGUAGUAUAUCAAUAAAUGAUAAAAGAUUAUCAAACAUUAAUAAUAAUGAUAAUGAGAAUAUUCUUAUUGAAAGGAAUAGAAAAUCAAAGGUAAAUAUAGGCAAACCAUUGAAUAUAUCGAAGGCUCGUGUUGAACUCGUUUUAAUAUUUGUUAAAGUUGGUCAAGUAGAUACUGUCAAUGAACGUUAUCAAGCAGAUAUAUUCCUUCAAGCAAGAUGGCGUGAACCAUUACUUGAUGCUAUGUGGAAUAAAUCUAGUUUAAAAUCAAAAAGUAGUUGGCAAACAAAUCCUUCGAUUGAAAAUCCAUUUACAGAUUUAACAUCAAAACGACAAUUGAAUACGUUAAAGUUACAAGAUGAUGAAUUUUGGAAUCCUCGUCUACUAAUUGAUAAUGCUGAAGGUGAACCAAUUGAAAUUAUUAGUCAUGAAGUAGAAUUUAUAGAACCAGAUUUUGAAGCAUAUCUUGUGGAAAAACGACGAAUUAAAGGUAUUUUUCAUGAAACAUUGGAAUUAAGACAUUUUCCAUUUGAUUGUCAGGAUCUAUCAGUUACAAUCACAUGUGAUCGUACAACAGAUGAAGUGGAACUUGUGGCUUCACCAACAGAAGUUAGUCAAGUUGAUGUACGAUGUGCAGCUGAUAGUCAAGAAUGGAAAAUUUUUCAUCAUGUUGAUAUUAAAUCCAUUGAAAUUCAAACAGGUUAUAGUCCUAGUACAAGUAAACGUCAUCAUCCUGGUUUAGUAUUUACAAGUCGUUCAGCUAGACGUUCUGGUUAUUUUCUUGUGAAUAUGAUAUUAAUUAGUUGUGUAUUAUGUUUAUUAUCAUUUUCGGCAUUCUCUGUACCAGCUAAUGAAAAUCGUUUACAAUUAUCAUUAUUAUUAUUAUUAACUACGGUUACAUUUAAAUUUGCUGCAUCACAAAAUCUUCCUAAAAUUUCAUAUUUAACAUAUUUGGAUAAAGUUGUCCUGGUGAAUUUUUUCAUGCUUGUCAUUCUCACUGUAUGGCAUGCUAUAGCUCGUGCUGUAUCUGCAUCAAAGCCAAAAUUUUUAGAAUAUGAACAUUAUGUUAUGUACAGUUUGCUCAGUUGUUAUUGUAUUGGUUCUGUAUUAUUUGGAUUAACGGUUUAUCUUGAUGCUGGUUCAAGAAGACGUUUAAUGAAACGUAAAGAUAUAGAAUUUAAUCAAUAUAAACAACAAAUUGAAGCAGAAAAACAACAACAUUCUAUAUUAAGUGUAUCAUUAGAAGAAUGGUUAAAUUCACCACAUAAUAGUAUAACAGAUAAUUUAUUAGAUAAAAAUGAUCCAUAAUCAAUCAUUUUGAUAUUAGUUCAGAUCAUGGAUCCAUUGAAGGUGGAUCAUCAUAGAAAACUUGGAAAACAGCCAUUCAGUACUUCCAGAUUUUCCAUGGUGAUCUAACUUUAAUGGAUUCAUGAUCUCAACUAUAUGAAAUUACUUAAAUCUCUACAAACCCCCCCCUCCCUCCGCCCUUCUGAAAAUCAAUAAUUAUUGAUAUUUUCUGAUCUGGAUCAUAAAUAAUCAAGAUAAUCAAGAUCAAGAAACAUUAUCAUUAUUAUGAAGAUUUCAUUCACCAUGUGAUAUCUAUCUAUCUAUCUUUAUUCUUAACAAGAGUCUCAUCAAUAUUCAACUUCCAUUUUUGCAUUUUUUGUUACACCAAAGAUACAAAGAUAAUACCCAUUUUAUGUACAAGAUUUCUGGGGGGGGGAGGCAGUUAUCUAUCUUUUUUCCUAAUGAAAAUCUCUUCAAUAUUCAACUUUUUUUUUGUUGCUAUGAGGAUAUAAAGAUAAUACUCAUUUUAUGUACAAUAUUUCAAAGGGGGAGGGGGAGGCACUUAUCUAUCUUUAUUACCAUUAAAACUCACUUCAAUAUUUACCUUUUUUUGUUGCUAUGGUGAUAUAAAGAUAAUACUCAUUUUAUGUACAAUAUUUCAAAGGGGGAGGGGGAGGCACUUAUCUAUCUUUAUUACCAUUAAAACUCACUUCAAUAUUUACCUUUUUUUUGUUGCUAUGGUGAUAUAAAGAUAAUAAUCGUUUUAUAUACAAGAUUAAAAGUAAUGAAAAUGAUAUAUUCAUUAAAGUAUCCAUUAUACAAUAAGUUCCAUUCUUUCCAAUUAUUCAAGACGAUCUUCUUGUAAAUAUACAAUUUAUUACUUUAUGUUCAAUGAUUUUCUAUCUAACAGUGUUGGUGUCAUUAUCGGUGUUGUUUUGAAUUAGUUAUAUAAUGUGAUAAAAAUAACAAACUAAGAUAUUCCAAAUGUUCUCCACUUGUUUUCUUCGUUUUUUUUUUGGUUUCUCUCUCUCUCUCUCUUUCUCUCAUAUCCAUUCAAGGGGAUUUCCAAAAAGGAUCUAGAUUAAGUUUUCUUUUUUUUUGUUUUUUUUGUUUUUGUUUUGUUUUAGUUUAUGGUUAGUAAAGAAAGAAUACAGAAGUAUAAUGGUUGUUAUCCAUUGUGAAGGAGUAUAAGCCACCUACCGGUGUUGUUCAUUCAACUAUAUCCCUAGGCAAUAUUGUUCAUUGGCUAUUCAUCGUUUUGAUAUUUGCUUUCAUUUCAUGAUGUAGUGUAUUCUUUGGCUUUCCUCUUUUUUUGUUUUCCAUUUUGGGGGUUGCCUCGUGAUGCGGUUUGAUGAUUUCCGUAACAUAUGUCCUAUACACUUCCAAUGUCUUUUUUUAAUUACUUCUUCAGAUGGAAGUUGGUUUGUCAUCUCUAACAGUAGGCUGUUGCAGAUAGAGAAUUAAUAUAACGAAAGGAUUAAUAGUUUUUUUCUGUGGUAUGGUACAGUAAUAAGACUGAAUUGGAUCGAUGAGUUUAUAAUACCAUCAGUCUAGAUAAUCGCAAGGAUUCACUAUACAUAGACGAGAUCGAUGUUAUAUAAGAUACCCGAUGGACGAUCAAGAAUGGAGUACAGGAGUAAUGAUAGGAAAUCAAUUAAUUCCAUACAAUUACAACCAGUUUACACUGAGUGAGCCCCCAAAUGCCCUGGUACAGCCGAGAGUGGGGAGGGUCCUCUCUCUCUCGAAAUGCUCUCACAUGACCACGCGUAUACAGCCACUGCCAGUGAAGUCCUGCUCACUGCCUUUUCGUGACGAAUGUGUUGUUUACGAAAUUGAGAGUAAGAAAAGCGAAUAUCCGAUGCUCUAACUGGGUUGGUGGAUAUGGGAAAUACACCUAGAGGAGUUGGAAAACCACAAUCAGAUAUACAAUCUGUCCACUUUGAUAUUGAGACGUCAUAUAAUAUAAUUCAUUUGUCAGUUAUAGUUUUAUGUACUCGGUUGGAAUCAUGUUUAGUGAUAUUGCUAAUUGAAUCCUAAAUCCUAAGUAAACAGAGCAAAGUUUGAAAUUGCGAUCAACUGGUUUAUAUAUGAAAAACUGGAAUUUUCAUCAUCCUCAUUAUACAACACUGCUGAUAAAACCCAUACUAGGACGAAACGGCCAUCCAGUGCUUCUAGUGGUGAUCUAGCUUAGAUCGACUCAUGAAUAUUGUAGAUAAACAGAUGUUUUGCUAAAAUAGAUGAAAUACGUGUAAUGACCUACUUUUCAUGACGAGAGUGUUAUUGGUUUAAUGGAAACAAUUAGUAUUAUAACCUAUUGUACCAGUGAUUGUUUUACUGAACUUGUUUGUUUAACUGAACCAAAGGCACUCUUCCUUCCGUUGUCCAUUUCGCUUGUACGAACGCGCUUACGCUGCAUUGUUUUGCCUGUACUCUUUGGUGCGUCUCGGUAUUCAUUUGAUACCACGAGAUCGCCAACAAAUAUAUGUUAUCUGGACCACUAACAGUUUUCUGGUUUUUGGCCUACCGAGGGAUCGAAGUCGAUAUCUGGCACGUAAUCUUAUUGUAGUGGUAAUCAUGGUCGAUAGCGACUCGACAGCUAUCUAUAUAUGUAAGAUAUUGUUCCUUUAUAUAUAGAGGACUACAAUUUCCGUUUACAAGGUAAUUGAUAAAAGUACUUCACAAUGUAAGGGAUUUAAAAGUGAUCUUCGCUGCUUCUCUGUGUUUUUGGAUUGAUGAGAAUAAUCUUACAUGAAGAAGGUUAUGAUUAUAAAAGAAAGUUUCUACAACUCUAUAAAGAAAAUUUUCUUCAUUUGUCAGAUUUCAUCUUUUCUGUAUCCUUUUAAUAUAAUCUCACCUUGGCUAAUUGUAUGUUGAACAGACCAUGUACAGCUUAUUUAUUCAUUUAUUUAAACACAUAAAUAUUG